GCAUUUACGCAUCAGUUAGUUGUCCGUGUAGGUGUCCACACAGCAGCUACCUCCUUUUUCGUAAAUAGAACCAUGUUGCAGUUGGAUUUUAUAUAGAAAAAAUAAUCUGUUUCUGUAUAAUCCAUAGCAUAAUCCACUUCCAAGCACCAUCCAAGUGAAGCAUACACCAGUGGAGUGUAUGCAAGUGUGUGGCGCAAGUGCAGUGAAGUUUCCGUCAUGGGAGCGCAUGGAUGGAGCGCGACGCGUCUCGGGUUCAUCGUUUGUGGAUAUCUUGCGCUUUUCUGCGCGGAAAUUGUCGAAGCGGGCUGCGGGGAGAGGGAGAGGGAGAGGGAGAACUGCUGCACCGGCCGGAAUAACGAGUGCUUUGAGUACAGCGAGAGAAAGACAGUGUGCUACUGUGACACCUACUGUCAGAAAACCAGAGACUGCUGCGAGGACUAUCAGCGUGUGUGCCAAAUAUCUGCAGCCAUUGACUGUGUGGUUGGAUCCUGGGGCCCUUGGUCGUCCUGUUCAGCUCCAUGUGGAGUUGGCAGCAAAGAAAGGAGUCGUCAAGUGUCUGUUCCCCCAAGAAACGGCGGCACACCCUGUCUAGACCUGAAACAGCGGCGAGGAUGCUUUGGAAACAAUGUCAUAUGCAGCACUGCGAAAGAGGUGGCAAAGAUCCUACCUGAUUCUUUCAAGAGGAACUUCAAAGACCCCUGGAGACGACCACACAUGCUGAUGAAGGAGGAGAAGGCCAGUUACUGUGUGUACCUGCGGCUGAAACAGGCCAGUGCAGCAUGCAAACUCAAACUGUGGAGUGCUCAGCUGGUCAGAGAGAGGCUGAUCUGUGCUGAAUGUCAAGGUGACGCCAUGUCAAAGUCAGACCGCUGUGGAGGUGAAGGCCUGGAAGGCACCAGAACGUUCUGGACGGCAGCUUCAGUCCCAGGCUGUCAUGGUUCCUGGGUACGAGAGUCGUCUUCAGAGAGCUGCCACUGUCCUCCCUACUCUUUGCUCUUUGUGUGAGCAGACAUGCAAACCUUAGACAGCCAUAUGGAGGGACGACACUGUCCCUCACUGUCUCCUGUUCAUUGUGGAGAGACCUGCCAGCAAAGCCAGAUCCAUCCGAUCCAGAUUUCUCUCUGAUAACUUCAGGAGAUCAGCAGCAUCCUGCCACUUUCCUUUCACCUCAUACUCUGUACUGUAUGAACAGUUUUUAAGCACACAGAUCGUCUUGUAUUUAACUUCAAAUUUUACAACCACAUUAUGUACUUUUUCUCCUAUUAAAGCACAGCAACAUAUCUAUCUAUAUACCUCUUUACCUCUCAAUCUUUGCUAUCUACCUCCACCAAUGCAAAUGCAUUUGUUAAGGCAUAAUGUAUAAAUAUAUUGUUUUGCUUUAUACAUUUUCUACUUUUAAUUGUUUAUGUGGAAUGUACAUGUGUCUAUAAAGCUAAUAAGCGUGUUGUAUCCACCAGCUAAACAGUUUUAAGCCUCAGUCCUGAAUCACCUGCAGGCCAGCGAUGCUGAAAACGUCAUCAUCUUAAUUGCAUCUCCCUGCUGCUAAUUAUUGGGUCGAUAUAUCAGUGUUGUGUACCUCUGGCAGUUUGCUUUCUUUUACGAUGUCUUUUCAGAUACGAUUUUUUUUUUUUUGCAUAAUUUAAAGUGACUCAUAGCUGAAAUCAGUCCCAUCUGUUUAAAACUAUUAUUGUUGGGGGGGAGAAUAACGAGCCAUUGAAGAGAACUUCUCUGUGGUUGUGUCUGCCCUCUGUGUUCUUGGAGGAAUCGCUUCAUUAACUAUGUUUUCUCUGACUCCCUGUGGCUCUUUUCAGAAAUCAUAUCAAAUUCAUGAGGGAGUGCAUUUCAACAGAGCGUCAUCCAACUGAACAACAGUCACAUACAGCUGUGUUACUCCCUUUAUUAAUUAAAGUUUCCCCCCUGCACACAUCACAGCUCCUCUUUUUCUCGCCAGCUCUUGUUGUCUCUACUCGACUUGAUGUUUUCCUUCACGUUACCUGUACAUUUACACACAUUCCCACAUACUGCCGGUUCAAGACGAGGACUAUUAUGUAGUGCCAGCAAAAAAAAAAGCUUUACUCAUAGUGGAAAGCAGUGACUUUCUCUCCCAUGUCUGUAUUUGUGUGUUUAUUUAUUUUAAAUCAGCGAUGAUUUCAUUAGUGCAGCACAACAUAAUCUGUACACUGUCCAUUAGUGCAAAUAAACGUCUAUACUGUAAA